AUGGUGCGAACUUAUGCGUUUAAUGCGUCAAUGCAGUCUGAGCAGAGGGAGAUUCAAAGGAAUGCGUUCAAUGCGUUCAGAUCGCAAAUUUCACACAAUUAUGGUCCGAGCGAUCCUCCACAAGAAUCGUAUAAACCUGAAAAACCUCCAUACCAACAUUCGAAUUCGGUGAAUUCCGAGCCAGUCCAGGAAAUGUCGGGAUCAAACCAACCAAUGGCUCCAUUGCCAGUCUCGGAUCUUCAAUUUUCACCAUUUCAUAGCCCAUAUAUCGACCCGGUUGGCUCAAUUGUUGGCUUACGCCUGCUUUAUAUUGAUGGGAAAUUGGCUUAUGUUCCUGUUGAGCCGCAAAUCAAUAUGAUGAUAAACCAACAAUUCGGCCCUUUGUUGGGAAGACCACCGCUUAAUCAUACGGACAUAUUUUAUUCACGUGAGAAUUUGAGCAAAAUUAACAAUAAUAAUACGUUGAGCCCGCAAUCUGUUCCGCAAAAAAAUAUUUCAAAUUACAACACUGUGAAUAUGAGUAGCAAUGUGCAGAAUACUGUGGAUAGAAGGAACAGCGACUACACAACGCUGAAACAGGGAAAUAACAUGAACUACUCACCGGCUCCAAUGAAACCCUACGGAAGUAUGCCAAAUUUGGCACAAAGACAACCGCUUUCCACUCAAGAACAACACAAAUUAGAACUUCAAAUGCAAAUUGAAGAGAAUAAACGAAGAAAGGAGCUUGAACGUCAGAAGGAAUUAGAAUUGGAGCAGCGCGAAAUUCGAAAGUGGGAGGAAUACCAAGCGCGUUUGCGGCGCGAAGAAGAACUUGAAAAGGAAAAACUUCGAGAAAAAGCGAGAGCUGCUGAGCGAAGAAGUCAGAAAAUUUAUGAAGAACAACUGGAGCAGCAAAGAUAUGCAAAACAACAUCAACAACCAAGAAAUUCAUAUCGGACAAAAGAACCUUCUCGCGAAAUUUCGCGUCGAGAACCAUCGCCACCACAUCACGAAUCAUACCGGGAAUAUUCGUACGAUUAUGAAAACCGUCCUCCGUCCCGGAAUGAACGAUAUUCAAAACCUGCGAGAAGACGUCAGGACAGCGUGGAAACCCAAGUAAUUCGUAGUGAUCGUUCUGAAAGGCCAGAUUCGUCUCAGCCAAGGGCUGUCGAAUGGUGGGAAAAGAAGCCAAGUUGGCAGGAAAGAACAGAGUCUCGAAGAAGUGCAGUUAUUCCGACAUUGCGAGGAAAACCGCCAGCAGCGCCGUCGAGCUCUGGCUCUCGAAGAGGAUAUGAUCCAUCAGCUAGUGUGCAGGAUCAUCAAAGUCGGGCAGCUUCGCGCUCAACGUCAAGAUCUUCAACUCCAUUUGACACCAGCCUUCAGCAAGAGCUCGAAUCUCCUCCAUCAAACAGUGAACGUUCAGCACCAAAGAAACCAACAGCAUUCACAAUCAGCGCAUAA